AUGCGACCAAUACCGCUUCAAGUGUACUUCUUUCUUCUCUUCUCCGCAAAAAACAUCAACGCCCAUAGCUGGGUGGAACAACUAUCCGUCAUCGCCCCAAAUGGGACAUUCGUGGGUGCUCCAGGGUAUCCACGAGGGAAUGUCCUUCGCACCGCCUCCGACUUCAGCGAUACCAAAAUGACCUACCUGAUCCCCCCAUCCAGUCGAGCCAACGUAACCCUGGUCUUACCCACCGACAAACUGUGCAAAGACACCCAACAAGAGCAAACUCAGACUGCCGGAAGCGCCCGACUGCAGGCCAGUGCGGGCGAUGCAGUUGCACUUCGUUAUCAGGAAAACGGUCACGUCACACUCCCCUGGAACCAACCUGGAAAGCCCGCCAAUCGUGGAAGUGUCUACGUGUACGGAACAACACAACCCAAAGUGGGCGAGAAAAUCCUUGACGUCCACGGAGUCUGGACCAGCGAUGGCACUGGUGGUGAUGGACGAGGCGUGCUGCUGUCCAAACAAAAUUUCGAUGAUGGUCGUUGCUACCAGGUCAACAGCGGCAAUAUCUCGCAGGCUCGUCAGAAGGAGUAUGUGCACCAGGCUAAUCAACUCAUGGGUGCGGAUAUGUGGUGCCAGCAGGAUAUCAAGCUACCCUCGACUGCCCCGUCAGGCAAGCUGUAUACACUCUACUGGGUGUGGGACUGGCCCACCCUCCCUGGCGUCGAUCCAACUUACCCAAAUGGUAAAACAGAGAUCUACACCACUUGUAUGGAUGUGGAUGUAGUGGCAUCUACAUCGCAGAAGAAUGGGAAUACUCAGGAGGAGUAUGCCACCGGUCAGGAUCUCAACAAGGCUGCUAUUCCGUCCGAGUUUGACAAUCUUGACGAUGUCCCCGAGGCGACUGCAACAACUGCUCAUCCAUCUUCAAUUACAUCUUCGUCAAUCUCAGAUAUGCCCGAAUCUACAUCCACCUUGUAUCUCACGACGACAGAGGUGGUUCGAAUCUUCACUGUGACCGCUUGGAGAACCACUGAGAAGACCGUCACUGUGGGUGGGUGUGAGGCGACUCCCACCUGGACUCCACGCCGCAAAAGAUUGAUGAGAAAGGAUUGGUUGGCAUAA